GGGUUGUUGUGGAUGCGCAUUGGGCGUCGAAGGAGUCUGUCGUGUAUCAACGGCGACGUUCCUGGAUCGCGGCGGCGUCAGUACGCGGUCGCGCAUGCCAUGCGGGAACACCUGUUCGCUCUUUCGAUUUCGUUCGUCGUUCCCUGGAUCGCAGCCCGGUGUUCGAUCGUGCCCGAUCUACGAGCGCAACAACUGGAAAAGUCCAACGAACGGUAUCCGGCGACCGUCGUCACCGAAAAAAACCCACCGCGUCGCACGGGAAUCGAGAACGCAACGAUCGUCGACGUCCGGAUCGAGGAUCGAGAACGCGUUUCCGGUGCAACGAUAAACGGAACGCCGAGCAGUGGAUCGUGAUCGAAGAUCUAGGCGGAGAGUAGAGCUGGGAAAUAAUCGUUGGUUGUUUAUGUUCGGCGAGGAGACGCGAGGGAACGUGAAGAGCGGUUUCUCGAUCGAGAGAGAGGCUGGGAGAGAGAGAGAGAGCGACGGAGCGAGAGAGGGGGAGGGAGAGAGAGAGAGGAACUUAUUCGCCAGAAGGAACGUCCUCGUGACUGCAACCACGUGUCUCUCGUGGUCCUCGUUUAAACACGCCAUGUCGCCGCGUAAUGGCUCGUGCGUGGCGGAAGUCAGCUCGGUGAGGAGUUUAUCGUCGGACGAUGUGUCCGCGACGAAGACGAACCGGAAGAAAACCUGGUGGGCGCGUGCCACCGAUCCUGCUCACCGCCGUGGAAGGCGUAUCCAGCUGCUGCAGAUGCUGAUCCUGCCGUUUAUACCGAUCCUGGCGCUGAUCGUCCAGACGGCCAACACGCUCCACGACAUCCUGAUCUACCGGCAGGAGGUCUCCGACAUCGAGUCCCAGGUAACGAUCGCGACAGACCUGGGGAAAGUGGUCACGCGGAUGCAGUUGGAGAGAUCCGAGGUCGCGUUCUUCAUCUACACCAACGGCAGCACCCUCAGGUCAAAUCUGACGCAGAGGUUCGCCAUAACCGAUCAGGCGCUCCACAACAUGACUACGUGGCCCCUGGUCUCGGUGCCGAGGGACGAGAGCAAGACGCAGACCUAUGACGUGGUCAGCAAAGAGGCCUUUCAAGCACGCCUCGACGAGUUCAGAAGGAAGAUAAGCUCGGAGGAGAGCAGCAUCACCGAAGUGAUGGCAUGGUACACGAGCGUGAACGCGGCGAUGCUGGAUCACUUGACCAAUCAAAUCAAGGAAACGGACAAUAGCGGAGUUUGGAGGUAUUUGAUAGCGUUUAAAAAUUUGCUGAGAAGCAUCGAGAGCCUGGGUAUUGCUUCCGUGUACGGAAUCAAUUACUUCGGCCGUGGAAUCCUUCUGGGGGAAAAUUACGUCAGCUACGUACGCCACGAAGCUCUCGGACGUGAUCUCCUCACCGGAUCCUUCACAUACGUGCCGUCCCUCAAACAUUUUUACUCGGAGCUCACCAAUACCAUGCCGGACUACGACAGAAUUAAAUCCAGGCGAAGCGAGAUCCUGAAGAAUUUGAAAAGAGAGCCGAGCGUGGACGACGCGAUCGCCUAUUUCGACUCGAUGGCGACUUACGUGGACGAGCUGCGGAAGCUUCAACGAGAGUUACGUCACAUGAUAAGGGAUUACGUGAACUCCACCCUGCAAGACGCGAGCAACAAAGAAGUCGCCGGCAUAGCCAUAGUCGUUCUGGUGCUGGUCGUCUCUCCUAUCAUCAUCGUACUCGUGCGCAACGCGGUUGCCACCAUACAAAUGUACGCGGCGAAUUUGGCGCAAAAGGCGCGCGAACUGAAGCAGGAGAAGGAGAAGAGCGACACGUUGCUCUUUCAGAUGCUGCCUCCCAGCGUCGCCCAACAGCUGAAGCAUACGCAACAGGUGCCAGCCGAGUACUACGAGGCGGUGACCGUGUACUUCAGCGACAUCGUUGGCUUCACUGAAAUCGCUGCCGAGAACACGCCGCUCGAGGUUGUCACGUUCCUGAAUUCGAUCUACAAGCUGUUCGAUGCCCGCAUCGAGUGCUACGACGUGUACAAAGUUGAAACCAUCGGCGACUCCUAUAUGGUUGCAUCCGGUUUGCCGGUCAGAAAUGGCGACAAACACGUUUCCGAGAUAGCGACGAUGGCGCUGGACCUUUUGGCGGCGUCGUCGGUGUUCCAAGUACCGAAGAGGCCGCGCGAGCGGCUUCAGAUACGAAGCGGAGCGCACACGGGACCGGUCGUGGCUGGAAUCGUCGGCAGCAAAAUGCCUCGUUACUGUUUGUUCGGAGACACGGUGAACACCGCGAGUCGUAUGGAGUCCACCGGAGAAGCUUUGCGAAUACACAUUAGCCUGGAGAUGAAGAAAGCUCUGGACGCUGUAGGAGGAUUCAAGAUAGAACAUCGCGGUUUGGUAGACGUGAAGGGGAAAGGACUGAUGGACACGUACUGGCUGGAAUGCAAGGACGGCGGAAUCGCGCGCGCAGCGGAGUUGGAUCUGCCGUCGUUCUUCGAGGACGUGCGACCGAUUUUCAUACGCCGUUUGCGGGAGGGGGGAACCCCGAGCCAGGGUCGCAAGAAUCGGCUGUCGCACCCGAACCUGCACAUCACGCCGGUGAAGCCGCCGCCGCCGCAGUCGCAGUCGAGCAUCGAGUCCCAGGACACGGCGACCUUCGAGGGCACCUACUCGACGACCCCGUGUCCGCCGAGCUACUCGCCGGCCAGCCAGCGUAGCCGGUACUCGCAGCCGAACUUGCCGACAUUGUUGAUAUCGUACGACCGAAGAUCCGGCGGCGGAUCGCCGGACCGUCGGAUCCGGAUGUCUCAGCCGACCCUGAACUCGAGCUUCAGCGGCAUCAACUUCGCCGGAAUGAACCGUGGCACCAGGCUGUCGUACACCAGCCUGCGGGCGGCGUCCGGCGACAACAGCAUCACCGAGGGCGAGAGGCUGUCGGCGAAGAGCGUGCCAGGGUUCGGGGGUAGCUCGAGGGGCAGCCUGACCCUGGACCACACCACCUCGAGGCUCUCGCAGCCGGACGUGCGGCGGUUCAUGCUGCGACACGAGAUCGCCACUGGGAAGCGGGAACGAUUGUCCCAGCCGACCCUGGUCACCGGCGACUACCACCCCGGUCGCGGCCAGCAAAGGCUCUCUCAUCCCUGCCUGAUCACGGAGAGGGAGACCAAUCUGCCCACGAUGGUGUGCCAAUCUCCGUCCCCGCCGCCCAACAAGCACAAAAGGUUCUCCCUGGCGGUGCACACCAGCCAGAGGGACCGGCUGUCGCAGCUGGACUUCGGCGCCAAGUACAGGAACCUGAAGGAGACGUCCGCGAGCAAGUUCAACCGGGAUCGGUUCUCGAUACCGGAGCUGCAGACGCAGAACGAUCUCAGGCUGAUCGCCGGCACGCCGAAGCAACGGUUCAGCCUGGACAGCCAGCUGACGCGGAACCAGGAGGUGAUCAGGUCGAAGCUGUUGCCGAUCGCCAGCUCGCCGAUCAGCGAGCACCAGCAGUCGAAGAUCGAGGAGCACGCGGGACAGGCAGGAACGGAGGGGGGACCCGUCGGCCUGACGGCUCCCGCGGGGCCCGCGACCAGGCUCAAGAGCCCGACGAGGGAGGGUCUCGAGCGGGUGCUUCUUGCCAGCGCCACGCCGAUACUGCCGGCCUCCGAGAGGCAGCUCCUGUCGACGGAGCUGUUGCUCGGCAAGAAGAACAAGUUCGCGUCGCCGACCGGACAGCAGAAGAACAACAAGUUCUCGCAGGUGCCGCCGAUUCCCACCCGCGACCGCAUGUCGGUGCCCGAGAUCAGGAACUCGAGUCUGAGGCGAUUGCUGGACCCGCCGGCAAGGCAGCGGCACAGCAUCACCGGCAGCCUCAGGCAGAGCAUGAUCUUCUCGCCGAUCAAGCCGCUCGACUUCGGCCGUAAGUCGCCGAAGCAGCUGUUCGAGGAGGCGCUCGAGCGGUUUAAAAGGGACGAGAAGGAGGAGAACCGGAAGAACGUGAUGUCGAACUCGCAGACGGUCGUGGACAUCGUCGACGAGCCGAUCUUGCACGUGCAGAAGCACUACGCGUACACGUACGAGACCGCGGACGAGGGCUCGAACACGCUGCUCGGGAAGAUCAGCAUGUCCGCGAUACCGAAGAAGAAGUAUCUGGAGAGCAACUUCGACGAGAACGAGCAGGUGAUCACGACCGUGAUCGAGACCGACGUGCCGAUGAUCACCGCCAGCCCGAAGUACGCGAAGAAGGCGUCCUACUCGUCCGACACGCCGAAGUGGAUCAAGAAAUACCUGGAGAACGAGAGCCCCAAGGGCGGCAGAAAGGCGACGAUCAAUAGGGAGAGGACCAGCAGGAAGAACAGUCGGAGAAAGAGCUCCCUGGAGUCCGUGAUAGACGACAAGACGGAGAAGAGCCGCUCCAAAUCGCUUUGCCCCGGCGACAGAACUCCCAUGCUCAGAAACACGAUCGUACAAGCCGACCCGAAGAACAUGAAGAACACCUACGUGAGAAUCCUGCCGUCGGACAACGCUGUGAACGAGAACAGGUACGAGGUCAAGGUGGAGAACAACAAUUGGAACGACGCGGACGUUCGCGGUUUGUACGACGAGGAAUGCGACGACGCCGACGCAGACGCCGAUUCCGACGACUCCACGUCCAUAUAGAUUGAAUAUCGAUCCGACCGUAUCACAGCGAACGCCGAAGUGGAUCAAAAGAGACGCACAGGGAAAACGAAUUUCAGAAUUUCUAUUUCAAAUCCGCCCGCGAAUUGGCGCAGCUACCAAAACCAGAGAAAAUCGUCGUGUUCUGUACUUAAACGGCCGCUCGGCCGUCACGGAUUUCUCUCGUACGUGAUCGACAGUCUCGUUCCGAACGAUUAUCAUAGGACCACAGGACCACGCACGGGCCACAUAUAAUAAAACACAGUUCGAUUAGCCUAAAGCGCACACCUCGACAGCGAUAGAACCAAGAUCCAUGAGAGCCAGAUCGAAUUAUUUUCUCAUAUUGUUGUACAUAUACACCGUGAAACGUACGAUCGACGCAUGGAAAUAAAGGAGACGGAGGAAAAAUAUCUACAUAUAUAUAUGUAUACGUAUAAAGUGCCAGUCGCAAAAGUUUGCCUCCCGCCGGAUGAGUUUCAAGCAUUUGAAAAAAGAGCGCCGAAACUUUGCAUGUAUUGUGAAAGUUGAUUAGUUCGGAUCCGAACGUAUUCGACGCGAAUUAAGAUGUGUUUCAUACGAUUGUUCAUCCGAAAGUAUAAAGAAGUCGUUCUAAACGAAAUGUUGCCGGAGGACCGUUACCAUUCCCGUGUCGCAUUCGACCUUAUCGAUUAAGGUCGCGGCGUAGCAUUAUCGGUGACAGGUAUAGCUAUCGAAAGCAAUGAACGACGACUAAGUCGGUAAAAAUCAUCUCGUAUAUAUAUCGAUUGUGUCUAACGAACUAAUGUACACGGACGAUAUUGCAAAGUUGCGAAUUGUCCAAUUUGCUCUUUCAUUCGGAAUUAUAUUUGAAAUUCGACAGGUUCGUGCACACUUCAUCGACUGACUGUACAAUGUUCUCGAUCUCAAUGUACAUAUUUAUGUUCAUUCGAGUCGAACCAAACAGCGUUGUUUUUAUUGACGUACAGAUAAGAUAUGUCGUGUAAAUACUCGCUUUAUAUAUUCGGUUGCACUCGCACCGUUAAAUAUAACGCGUAAGUCCACAAGCUUGGGACAAGCUCGGAUGCGGAAACCGCAACGUUUCACUAUUACGUUCCAAAUACGUACCGGACCGCCACGCGAACGAACAGGAGCCAAAACGAGGAUGUACCGAUCGUUGAUUCGCCACGAUAUUAUCGCUAGUACGUGUGUUAACAAAUUUUCUAAUUUUUCUUUUCUUUCGAUACUAGUCAUCGAUGAUAUUUAAAUGCGGGUAUCGUUUGGAAAUCACUACUUAACGAUAACUGCACGAAAUCAGCACAGCAAACUUACAAUCAGCAUCAAAAGAUAAUUGUAAGCAUUUGUGAAAACAAUCUCUUGAUCGAGCUGAAUCAACUGUAAUUAGCACGUUCAGUAUUUUUCAAACAAUAACACAAUUUACCGUGUUAUUUAUAUUUGGACUUUACAGUAAAAGUGUUUGAAAUUCAAACAAGCGCGGAAUUUCUUAAUCGUGAAGUAUCACCUAGCGUGGUGAUAGAACGUUUUAAACAAAAGUUGCACGAUAUCAAGGGAAGCAUUAUCAGGCGAUAAAUAGCUUUUUUUACUAUUCUGCAUUUUUAUACAGAUAUAUAUAUAUAUAUAUAUAUAUAUAUAUAUAUAUAUAAUUGACAUUGAAUGAAUUUUUUUACGAAAUUUAUUGGAUUAUCUUUCAUAAAAUAUCAUCAUCAAAAGAUCGCACAGUCGAUUAAAUACUCGGUGUCGUAAUUUUGAUCAUCCUGGAUACAAGAAACAAAGAAAGAAAGGAAACUUUGUGUUCCCAUAAAAUUAUACUCUCAAAGACUUGCUUCUCGCAUGAUUAUUAAUUAUUGUAUAAUGAUAUACACAUAUACUUGAACGUUAUGAUGUUACAACAGCAGGAUACAGUCAUCGCAACAUUGUAUGUUGUAAUGUCGUGAAACGGUGGUAUGAAUGUAUUAUUGUGGAUAAGAGUGUGAAUCUUAGUUACUGUUCAAUAUUAGCGUACAAAAAUGUUAGUUCUUUAUGUAUGUCAUUUAAUAUACGGUAAAAGAAAGUUAUAUAUAUAUUAAAAUGUAAUCGACACGAGAAGUAUAUAAAGUGUAUUUAAUUUUUAAGAAGCACGGGUUGUUUGUACACUGCUGGUCUCUUACGAUUAAUUUAUCGGUUGAAGAAACAAAAUACAAAAAAAAUAGUACCCCGCGUAUCAGUUUUUCCCUCGCGGUAGAAAAAGAAAGUAAUGAUGAAAGAAGCAACGAUGAUCGAGACACAUGUCCUUCGUGUAUUUCGUUAUGUCACAAUUGUUUGAUUGUAUUUUGAUUUUAUUCGCACUGUUCUCUUACCGAUGAAAAUUAUUUGUAUAAUUCAAUCUAGCCACGUUACAAUUACGACGUUAUCAUAAUUUGUACCCAUUGGAAAGAUCCGAUUAGCUAACACGAUUACGAGAAAAUUGUAGUUACAAAACAUGACACAGCAUCAAGUAUCAACUUUGUUGCGAAGACGAUGCUCCCUCAGACAUGGCAUAGAACAGAAACGAUUGUAAUUGUACUCGAAAGGCACCUGACCAGCCAUAUUCACUGCACACUGAAAGCAUCGUGAAAUCAUUGUACAGCCUUGCUUCAGAAUCCGUUGCUCGGCGGACAAAGCUCUCUGUAAUAUACAUAAGUAUAUAAAAUUUGUACUAAUACACAGGUUCAUCGAUU